CCUUUGUGAGGACGCAUGUUGAUUGGAUUGUUAAAUUGUUUUGUUAAUGAUUAACAAUUUGUUUUCAUUUACCUUUUUAUUUAUUCUAUAAUUAAUUAAAGUAGUAAAUCUUCAAUUAUGGUUUACUCUUGAUUAACUCGUAACAAUUAGUUUUAAAACAUUGUGAGUGAUUCAUCUUAAUAUUUAUAUUUAGAGUUUGUGAGUUUGAAGAAGACAUUUGAGUUGAGUGAUUUUUUCUGUUUUUUUGUUAUUUUAUUAUUUUUCUCUCUCUAUCUAAAUAUUUUAUAUAUAUAUUAGAUAUGACAAUGGGCUCGGAAACUUGUGUUAUCCAAAUUACCAAUAUUGCUCCAAGUGUUACACUGGAACAAAUGACCACACUUUUUGGUUACAUUGGUCAAAUUAAGGAGGUUCAAGUUUAUCCGAAAAAUGAUCUAUCAAGUAACCAAGGAUCUAAAGUGUGUUACAUUAAGUAUUGCGAGCCUUGGUGUACUGGGGUUGCUCAACAUUUGACCAAUACCGUUUUCAUUGAUCGUGCGCUUAUUGUCUUGCCGGUUACAGAUAAUAAAAUACCAGAUGAGACUACAGCUCUUAGUUUAACAUCAAAUGCCGGUCUUGGAGGUUCAAAUUCGGGUAUUGUUAGUCAAGUUGUUCUUGGAGUAAAAGGAGAACAAAUUAUUACCACAAUUGAUCCUCGAUUGACUGCUCUUGGUCUUCCUCAAUAUCCACCCUUACCAGCCAAUAUGGAUCCAUCUAAAAUAGAAGAGAUCAGGAGAACUGUUUAUGUUGGUAAUCUUGAUUCAACCAUAACUGCUGAGCAACUGUUAAACUUUUUCAAUCGCCUUGGAGAGGUUAAAUAUGUUCGUAUGGCGGGUGAUGAGGCACAACCAACAAGGUUUGCUUUUGUUGAAUUUACUGAACAAUCUUCAGUGGCCAAUGCUUUACAGUAUAAUGGUGUUAUUCUUGGAGGUAGAGCUUUAAAGAUAAACCAUUCAAACAAUGCCAUAGUUAAACCUCAAGCUAAAAGUAAUGAAGCUGCUCAGAAGGAAAUUGAGGAAGCUAUGAAAAGGGUAAGGGAAGCUCAAUCAUUGAUCUCAGCCGCGAUUGAGCCAACUUACAAUGUUAAACUUGAGAAGAUGGAAGUAGACGAGAAUAAACCUGAAAUGAAAGAAAAAUCUCGAUCACGGUCACGUUCUAAAUCUAAAACUCGUGAUAGAAGUAGAUCUCGAUCAAGAGUACGAAGAUCUCGUAGUCGAACUCGAAGGUCCAGAUCUAGGGAAAGAUCUCGACGCUCUUGGCGAUCAAGGUCAAGAGAGAAGAAACGUUCUCGAUCUAGGGAAAGAAGACAUUCAAGAACCAGGGAUAUGAAAUCGAGAUCAAGAUCAAGGGAAAGGAGACAUCGACGUCGAGGAGUCGACCGAGAAAGAUCUCGAAGGAAAAGCAGAGAACGUGAUUCAUUUUAUACGAGGGACAGGGAUCGUGAAAGAGAUCGAGAUAGGGAUCGGGACAAAGAAAAAGACCGAGACAAGGAAAGGAAAAGAUCCAGUCGAGAUAGAGAUCGACCAGAAAAAUCUAAAGAAAAAGAUCGUGACAGAAAUGGUGAGCGGGAACGUGACCGUGACAGAGACAAAGACCGAGAUCGCGACAGAGACCGAGACCGAGAUCGGGACCGUGACCGUGAGCGAGAUAGAGAUCGCGACAGAGAUCGAGAGCGAGAUAGAGAUCGUGAUCGUGAUCGUGAUAAAGAGCGAGACAAAGACAAGGAUAAAUCACGAAAACGUAGUCGUAGCAGAUCUCGAAGUAAAUCUAGGAAAGUGAUGGUAGUCGACGAUUUGGACAAAGAGAAGCGAAAAGAGCGACUUUUAAAAGAAGAAAAUCCAAUCAGUCCAACUAAAUUGAUAUCACCGGUGAAAGAAAGACACAGUCCACCAGAAAAUGAUCAAUCAAAUGAAAACUCUAGAAAUUCAUAUGACAAGGAAGAAUGUCCAAGCCAAGGUGAUAGUGAAAGUUCAUGUAAAAAUUGUGAAAGCUCAGCCAGUGAAGAACAGCCUAUGGAAGGACCAGCCUUACCUCCUGAAUACACCGGAGUUCAAUGGGAAGACUCAAAAUUAAUUGUUAUCUGAGAGAGAAGAAAAAAAAGUUGGACAAUUUUCGGUUUCUGGGUCAAAGGCUCAUCUAUUUCUCUCUCUCUCUUUAUUGUUUCUCUAUGUUGUCACAUCUCAAUUGAAUCUCUCGGCCUCUAAAUCUGAUUCCCUCUUCUCUUAACACACACUCAUGGAUUUACCACCAAUUUGGUAAUGGAUUAACCUUUUACUUUCACGAUGAUUUUGAGGGAAGAGAAAACUUACCUUUACAUAAUUAUCAUGGAUAAAGAGAGAGAAUAAUAGAGAAACAGAAUGAAAAGUGAAAAGUGAAAGUUAACUUUCAUGGCUAACUCAUUAUUAGUAUUUCAAUGCUUAUAUUUUUCUUUUAUUGAAUACAAAUGAAAUGUUAUCCAAAGAAACCUUAUUGAAAUUCAUGAUGAAUUUUUUUCAUAAAGAAAAGCACCAAAAAUUACCUUUGAUCAACAAAAAAAAAUUC